AUUAGCACACAAUAUAAUUAUGGAGAGCACCGCCGAUUCAAGAUCCGAUUCCGGCCACCCACGGCUGCCGCCGGGCUUCCGGUUCCACCCCACCGACGAGGAGCUCGUCGUCCACUACCUCAAGAAAAAGACGGCUUCCCUCCCGUUGCCCGUCACCAUAAUUGCCGAAGUUGAUCUUUACAAAUUCGAUCCAUGGGAGCUCCCAAGCAAGGCGAAGUUCGGGGAGCAAGAGUGGUAUUUCUUCAGCCCCAGAGACCGAAAGUACCCAAACGGGACACGGCCGAAUCGAGCGGCGACGUCGGGGUACUGGAAGGCCACCGGAACUGAUAAACCGAUAUUGACGUGUAACGGCACGCAGAAGGCCGGCGUGAAGAAGGCACUGGUUUUCUACCGUGGAAAGCCGCCCAAAGGGAUGAAGACCAAUUGGGUCAUGCACGAAUAUCGCCUCCCCGACAACGUUGUUAAUUCUAUGGCGCCCUCUUCGGCUCAUCGUCCUCUCGGAGAUGACAUAGUAAACAAGAAAAGCUCUUUAAGGUUAGAUGAUUGGGUGUUGUGCCGGAUUUUCAAGAAAAACGGUUCGAGUAGACCGGUGGAGAGCGGCGGAAGAGGUGAUCCGACGGAGGACGCGACGGUUGCGACUUCAACGACGUCGUUGGAUGGCUGCGGUGGCGCUGGCGAUCACCAAAACCCCAAUUCCAGGGCGUCAAGAGGGUUGAGUUUUGGGGAAUUUUUCGAGAUCAACAACGGACAUAAUUUAUAUGCCGGGACGACGAUGAUGUCGGGCGGGAUUAACGGAACCCAACAAACCUCCUGGGAUUCACCGAGAGAUCAAACGUGCAUGGCCAUGGGAAUCACGGCGGCGGCGCCGCCAAGAAUCGACGAGGAUCAUCAUCAUGAGACAGCUGCUAACAAUGCAAUGAUGGAGGGAAGUACCUCGUUCAUAUCAUUGCUGAAUCAACUGUCACCUAACGAUUCUGCCAGCUUAAGUAAUGUUCAAACCGGUCUUGGUGUCUCCAUCGCCGAGGGAGUAUUGCAUCAACCUUACCAGCUUUCAUGGUUGAAACAUUAACCAUUUCUUCGUUUAAAUCUAGUGACUGCUUAUUUCUCUGGUCACUCAACAAAAAUAAAUUUAUAAUUAAAGUCUAAAUUAUUUUUAUUUUAUACACGAUAUGAUGUUAAUCGUGUUAUAUAUACACAUAUGGAGGUAGCGUUUCAAAUUUUCUACUUAUUAAAAAAUGUGAUUUAAUUUCUUUGGGCGAGAA